GCAGCGCUCGGCUUCAUCUUCCCGCGCAGUCACAUCGUGCUCUGCUCCGCCGGCAGCCCCGAUCGGCACAGCCACUCCACAGCCCGUUCCCGCCUCCGCCGCAGCAGCUCCUGCACCUUCACCAACUGCCCGCGCGGGCCGGGCCCCUCCCGCCGAGGGGCGGGCGGAAGGCCGGGGAAGGAGGGGAGGGGAAGGAGGGAAGGAGGCUGUGGGGCCGAGCUCGGCUGCCUUGGCUCUGGAGGAGGGGUAGGAGUGGCAGCGUUCUUCUCGCCUCGCCGCAGCCUGGUCUGUCCUUGAGUCGUGGAGACCUUUGCCCCCGGCGGGCACCGCCGGUAAACGGGUUUUUCUUGUCUGGGGAUGAAGCCAUGGCUGAAAUGAGUGAUAUCCAUGUACAAAAACUAACCAUUGUUCAGCAAGCAAUAGCCUCUUGUUGUGGAGCCAUAAUUACAUCAUUAUUUGUAACUCCGCUUGAUGUUAUCAAAACUCGACUGCAAGCCCAAAGGAAUCCAUUCCAUGACGGAGAGUGUUUUGUAAACUCCAAUGGCCGUGUGGAUCAUGUAUAUGUUUGUAAAAAUGGGGACAGCAAAGCCUGGUAUAAAAAACCUGGGCAUUUCAAAGGGACAUUGGAUGCAUUUGUGAAAAUUAUUCGAAUAGAGGGAAUUAAGUCGCUGUGGAGUGGGCUUCCCCCAACACUAAUAAUGGCAGUUCCUACCACUGCAAUCUAUUUUACCUGCUAUGAUCAGCUGUGUGAAGCUUUGAAAAAUAGACCAGGAAAGCAUGAUGAGCACAUUCCAGUUAUUGCAGGUUCCUUAAGCAGAUUUGGUUCUGCCACUGUGGUGAGUCCCCUGGAGCUGAUCAAAACCCAAAUGCAGUAUCGCAGGUCAUCCUACAAGCAGCUGUACCUGCGUGUCAGCACCAAAGUGGCUGUGGAUGGGUGGCUUUCCCUGUGGCAGGGCUGGGCUUCAACUAUUCUGAGAGAUGUACCUUUCUCAGCAAUGUAUUGGUAUAAUUAUGAACGUUUCAAGAAGAUGAUGUGCAAGGAAGUUGGUGCACAUGAACCCACGUUUUUUGUUUCUUUUACUUCAGGAGCAGCAUCUGGCUCUAUUGCAGCUGUUGUAACUCAGCCAUUUGAUGUAGUGAAAACACAUAGGCAGACUCAACUUUGGGAGAAUGAGACCUUAAAAAUUCCACAGAGGGACAGAAAAUCAACCUGGGCAGUUAUGAGGAAAAUUGCUGCUAGAAAUGGGAUUACUGGAUUAUUUGCAGGUAUUACUCCACGGCUGUUUAAAGUUGCUCCUGCUUGUGCCAUAAUGAUCAGCACGUAUGAAUAUGGAAAGUCUUUCUUUUCUCAUUUAAAUGAAAAAAAGAAUCAACAUCCAUAAUUCUUCUUCAUCCAAUUGUAUGAAGGCAAAGUAUAUGAUGGAAGUUGUGCCAAAUUUAAAUCUGUGAAGAUGUUUUCUAGAAUUCCCAGUGAAUUUCUACCAUUACAUUUGGUAACUAAAUAAAGCUUCAUUUUUAACUUUCACAAAGGAUUAAUUCACUUUUUUAUGAAGAAUAAGAAAAUGCACAUCACCCUUAAACUGUCAUUGAAGAUUUUAUGACUUCUCUUGCAGCUGGAGAGAAAAAAGAAAGGAAGAACAAAAAAGAAAAAGGAGGAAGAGAAGAAAAAUUGAGGCUGGACAUAGCAAUGAAGAAU